AUGCCAAUGGACACUCCCUUGCUAGAGAACAGUGGGAACUCUGUUAAUGGUGAGGAGGAGAAGGCAGUGCAAUGGGCUGUUAAGAGUUUUGGGGUUGAGUCAAAGAAGCUGUGGAGACUAGCAGGCCCUGCUAUCCUCACCUCUCUAUGUCAGUACUCGCUUGGUGCACUCACUCAAACUUUUAUAGGCCAAAUUGAUGACCUUGCUCUUGCUGCAUUUUCUGUCGAAAACUCUGUUAUUGCUGGUCUUGCCUUUGGAGUCAUGUUGGGGAUGGGGAGUGCUUUGGAGACUCUGUGUGGGCAAGCGUAUGGAGCGGGGCAGAUGAGGAUGUUAGGGGUGUACAUGCAGAGAUCAUGGGUCAUCUUGUUCACCACUGCACUUCUUAUGUUACCUUUUUAUGUUUGGUCUCCCCCAAUUUUGAAGCUGUUUGGAGAAACAUCUCAGAUCUCAAAUGCUGCAGGAAAAUUUGCUCUGUGGAUGAUACCUCAGUUGUUUGCAUAUGCCAUGAACUUUCCAAUCCAGAAGUUCUUGCAGGCACAGGGGAAAGUCCUGGUGAUGUUAUGGGUAUCAGUAGGUGUUUUGGUGCUGCACACAAUUUUUAGUUGGUUUCUUAUUCUGAAACUGGGGUGGGGUCUAAGUGGAGCAGCAAUUACUCUCAACACAUCUUGGUGGUUGAUUGUGAUUGCACAAUUACUGUACAUUUUCAUCACAAAGUCAGACGGAGCAUGGAGUGGAUUCACAUGGCUAGCAUUUAUGGACUUGUUUGGUUUUGUAAAGCUUUCUCUGGCUUCAGCUGUUAUGUUAUGCUUGGAGUUUUGGUAUUUAAUGAUACUGGUGGUGAUGACAGGGCGCUUAGAAAAUCCUCUGAUACCUGUUGAUGCCAUAUCUAUAUGUAUGAACAUUAAUGGCUGGGAUGCCAUGAUUGCAAUUGGGUUCAAUGCCGCUAUAAGUGUGAGAGUAUCAAAUGAACUUGGUGCUGGUGAUUUCAAGGCUGCAAGAUUUUCAGUGUGGGUGGUUUCCAUCACAUCAGUGGCCAUAGGUGUUGUGGUCAUGAUCGUAGUGCUAUCAACAAGGGAUUUCUUUCCCUACUUGUUUACCUCCAGCACUGCAGUUGCUAAUGAAACAACUAGGCUUGCUGCAUUGCUUGGUGUCACUGUCAUUCUAAACAGCCUUCAACCAGUCCUAUCCGGUGUUGCUGUUGGAGCUGGUUGGCAAUCUCUAGUAGCAUACAUCAACAUUGGGUGCUACUAUGUAUUUGGAUUGCCGGCAGGGAUAAUCUUGGGAUUUCUACUUCAUUUUGGAGUAGAGGGUAUUUGGUCAGGGAUGAUUGCAGGCAUAGUUUUGCAGACCGCAAUCCUUAUAAUCGUCACUUCAAUAACCAACUGGAAAAAAGAGGCUGAAGAAGCAGAAAGUCGUGUGAGAAAGUGGGGAGGAUCAAUUGCACAAGAUCAGUGA